UUCUCAACGACUCCACCAUUGAGGUUUCAAAGAGAACUAAUACAAUUAAAUACAUUUCCAUCUCUGAUUUGCAUAUCAUGACAUUCAGCUUUGUUUCUGCAUUCCUCCCCCCUCUGGUGUCAGGUCUAACUGGCUGAAGCCAUGCUGUGGGCGGAGGGCAGCCCUAUGGCAGGUAUGUCUGCUGAGUGCAGGCUUCAACUGUUUCCUGGUGGCUUGUGUCAUCCUGGUGGUCGUGCUGCUGUCUCUGGAGCUGCUCAUCGACACCAAGCUUCUGCAGUUUAACAACGCGUUCCAGUUUGCCAGCAUCAUCCACUGGAUCAGCCUGGCCAUUCUAUCUGUGUUCUUCACUGAGACGGUGUUCAGAAUUGUGGUGCUGGGGAUCUGGGAUUACAUCGAGAACAAAGUGGAGGUGUUUGACGGUGCAGUCAUAGUCCUGUCCCUGGCCCCCAUGGUGGCCUCAACGGUGGCCAACGGCCCUAGCAGCCCCUGGGACGCCAUCGGCCUCAUCAUCACCCUGCGCAUCUGGAGGGUCAAGAGGAUCAUCGAUGCCUAUGUGCUGCAGGUGAAGGUGGAGAUGGAGAUGGAGAACCAGCAGUAUGAGAAGGCCAAAGCUGUCAGGGAGGAGCAGCUGGAGAGACUCACCCAGAUCUGCCAGGAGCAGGCAUUUGAGAUCAGGCAGCUGCGGGCCCACCUGGCUCAGCAGGACUUGGACCUGGUAGCAGAGCGAGAGGCUGCCAUGCAGAUCCACCAUGUGUGGGGCAAGCAGAGCAGCAGCUUCCAGGAGGUGGACGGCCUGGCCCCUGGGGGCCCCGAUCAGCGAGGCCAGGCUAAAGCCAGGGAGGCAGCAGCCCCUAGAGAUCAUGUUGUUCAAGAUGACAUGAACAACUACAUCAGCCAGUACUACAGUGAGGCAAGCAGUGAUGUUGGGAUCCCAGACCCAGCUCGUGUCAUCACCACUGCAGCCAUAGACGUGCACCUGCCCAAUAACCCCAGCCAGCUGCCCUCGUCUCUGGUGAGUGCAGAUGCAGCAUCCAGCUGUCUGCAGCGGACGGGUAGCUCCGUAAGCGAGGCCUCCAACACCACCGUGUCCCGCUCUCGCUCCAGCUUCAGCGCCCACCAGCACAGUAUAAGUAGCCACACCCUGGGCUCCAACACCGACUGCAGCUCCACCGUCCGCGAGGCCUCCACCUCCACAGACUCCUACAGCGGCCAGCGCUGUUACCCCCCGCCCUACUGCAGCCCCCUGGCCCUGGGCUUGGGAACACAGCCUGGCCCUAGAGGACACCCCAGCGCCGUGGUGCAGGAGCUGCUCUCCUCCCUGUCUGAGGACUCCUGUCUGGGACAGAAGGGCUUGGACCCUGUCAACCUCAAACUGCCCAGCCCUGCUGGCUCCGCCAAGACCAGCCCUGAGCUGGAGCACAGGCUCAACAUCUACAACAAGAGGAACAAGGAGAGCCGCAGAGGCUUCCACACCAAGCCUCUCAUCCACCUGCAGGCCAGGGAGCCUUUCAUGGAGGAGAAGUACAGGCUGUCUCAGGCAGAUGCCCCCGUCAGCAGCCUGCCUGAGACAUAGGAAAGGGCUACAGGUGGUACUGUAUCUCUUAGCCAGCACUGACUCACUCCUCAAAUACCCUCCUGAAACUCACUGACUAAAACUAAAGACAUGAACUCAGAGGCAUCCUCCACUGGCAUACAGCCAUCUUCCUCAUUGCCAAAAGCACCUUGGAACUGUGAAUGGCAGCUCUGCCAGCACAGCCCAUCGUCCAUUGAGGACAGGGAAACAUGCCUUAGUGAGCAGGCACUGAACAUCUAUCAGGAAGUGCCACUAUAAAUGAGUAUAUGGAGUCACCAAAAGAAACCAGCAUUAGGGCAUUAGCCCAAGCUCUGAGGUAGCAGGGCUCAGCAGAAAUGUGACUGGCUCUGAUGCUUUUGAAUGUGAUAUAAUUUAGCGAUGGGGCUGGGUGUGUGUGGGUGGAACUGGGUGGUUUGUUUGUCUGAUAUACUUACUUAGGGAUUGGAGACACUAGACUGAUCACAAAACAACUACUAACUGGCAAUCAUAUUAUGAUGUCAUGAGCCACAUUAAUCAGACAUUUUAUAAACAAACCAUACUGAAAGUCAACCUGGAGUCUCUCGACCUCAACAGUAAGUACAGUCCUCUCUGAUCGGACUAAUGCAGGGUACAUUUGAUCUGUGUUCUACUGUGUUGAGCUGUGUUCUCAGCUUAUUUCUUACCUUUGUCUUUCUACAUUAUCAAUGCUAAAGUUUGUAUUCAAAUGAUAUGACAAAAUAUUUUUAAGCCAGACAAUUGAGCGAUUGAGGGAUGUUUCAGCUACCAAAUCUCAAGGGAUUUGUAAUUGAAGAUGUUAUGUUAAGUGUUGGUCAGAAGAAAAAGUAUUAUAGCAUGGACCUUUAAAAAUAUCUGCUUUCAGACAUGGAAAUCUAAUCCUGUGCACUUAAAUGUCAACAGGCAUUUUGUAAAUUGAUCAUGAAGGUAAUUCAGUGCAGAGUAAAAGCAAUUAAAAGCAAACGUGGUAAAAGAACAGUCAUUUACAGUCAGUUUUAUCAUCGAUACCAAGACCUUUCGGGGGACUACACAUUAAUAAAAGUGCAUUAGUGAGGCAGGUUUAGACUUCCUGAAGAUUGCCUUUAUUGUGACGCUACGUUAAAUACAUAUUACAAAAUAUGCAUUAACAGGGAACAAAAAUAUCACCUACGCCAGGUAAGCGAAACAUUAUUUGUUGCAUUAAAAACACAUGUCCGGUUUAUAAACAGUGUUGUUCUGUUUCCAUUUAGGAAGGAGGAUGAUAACAUUAUUAG